AAGUGCUAUAAAUCUUUAUUAAAAUAACAGGUGAAAAGAUUAAUGGAAUAUCUUGAUCAUAUCCAUAAUAGUUUAAAAGAUAAUAACGAAAUUGUUAUUAUAGAAAGAUAUGCAAGUAAAGCAAAACGUUAUACAAUUAUACUUAUAAGAUUUUUCCAUAUUAGCAUUCAAAUAUGGUCGAAUUUUUACAAUGCUGUUUCUGUGAAUGGAUCUCAUCGACAUCAUUUACAAAUUCUAACAGAGUAUUUUAUUGAUCAACAAAGAUAUUUUUAUUUAUUGUUAUUGCAUAUUAAUUCAGCGUUCUACAUAGGAAUAUUUGCAUUAGUAGCAACAGGAACAAUGCUGAUUUCCUAUCUUCAAUAUGCCUGUGGAAUGUUUAGAAUUGCUAGUUAUCGUAUUGAAAAUGCAAUGAAAAUCCAGAUAUCACAAAAUAUUAUACUACAAAACAUAAGCUUGCCACAUAAAAGAAUAAUUUGUGCUGUAGAUAUUCAACGAAAAGCCAUGAUGUUUUCUGAAUAUCUGAUAUCCCAAUUUGAAAUAUCGUUCAUGUUGUUAAUAGUAGUUGGAGUACUUACUUUAAGCCUUAAUAUUUUCCGAGUUUUUCAGAUUAUAACAUCGAAAUUUGUUAACUUUGAAGAACUUUCAAUACCUUUUGUAUCAUCUAUUAGUUGCCUCGUAUAUAUGUUUUUAUCCAAUUACGUUGGUCAAGAAAUUACGGAUCAUCAUAAUCAUGUAUUUAAUACCACUUACAAAAUACAAUGGUAUCUAGCUCCUUUACAAAUACAAAAACUAAUACUAUUUUUAAUGCAAAGAAGCAAUAAAUCUUUUGGUUUGAAUGUAGGUGGUUUAUUUGUAGCAUCUUUAGAAUGUUUUGCUACGUUGGCAAAUACAUCUAUAUCUUAUUUUGUCGUUAUAUAUUCAACACGAUAA